CGCGCGAAAGUUAGUGUAGGAAGACACUGAAAGGAAGUUCCGGUGGAACAAAAACAUUACUGCACGCCAGGGAUUCAUUCGUUCUGAAGAAUGGCUCAAGCUCGGGUUACCGAUUAUUUUGCACAGAGUAAGAAGGGUCGAUCUGUACGGUCGAAGGGACAGAAAGUGUCCGGGGAUGUUGUGGAAUCGGCGGUGAUCACUAAACCAAAAACAUCGUCCAGAGCGACACGGGCUUCGCGUAAAGCGACGCGCGAUCCCGCCGCACCAGAGCCGCAGAAACGCGUACAGCAGGAGUUUCUCAAAGUCAUCGACGAGGCUCUGUCAGCAGAAGCUGUGGAGACCGCGACAGACUCGCGUGAUGUGAGUCACUCGGACUUAACGGCGAGUCCCCGCACUCCUAAACGGACCUCGGUGGAGUUCGAUGUGUGUUCGGUGUUGUUCCCGUCCACGACCGAGCAGCACAGCAGCGCCAAGAAGCGCCUGAGGCUCAGCGCGAGCCAGAGCUGCAGAACUUCACCUGAGGAGCGCGCGGGACAGAAGACCGCAAGGAAGAAGCUUGAUCUCCUGAGAAACGACGAUAAAGAGCAGAGCACUGAGCCUUCGGCCAGCAGCAGCGCUCAGACUCAACAAACUGCCAUCAAAGAGUCAAAAAACACUGUUAAUCAUAAUGCAAACGGCUCCCCUGUUAACAAAACGAGCGCAGACGAUAAGCUCAAGCCAGCGAGCAGGAGCAAGAAAACAUUUUCUAGAGAGGAUGUGGCGGCGCUGAAGUCCAAGCUGCAGAAGCUGAAAGGACGGUCUGAAGCGGUGACGACUCCCUCUCCCGCGCCCGUGUCGGCGCUAGCGGAGCUGAAAGCGAGGCUCGAUGCUGCCCGCGAGAUCUCGGCGAAGGUUCAGCAGAGAAAGGCCGAGCGAGUUACGGCGGAUGCUAAAGCGACUGAGACACAGGCUGGGCCUGAACCAGAGGAAAGAGAGAAGCUCCCAGCUUACCAGCGUUACCACACUCUCGCUCAGGCUGUCCCGCCUGGUCUCACCCUGCCCUUCCAAUUCAAACUUCUGGCCGAGAUGUUCCGCAGUACGGAGACCAUCGUCGGGAUGCUGUUCAACCGCUCGGAGACCGUGACUUUCGCCAAGAUCAAGCAAGGCGUCCAAGAUAUGAUGCACAAGCGUUUUGAAGAGAACCACCUGGGGCAAAUAAAGGCAGUGUUCCCUUCUGCCUAUACUUUUCGCCAGGAGAAAAACAUUCCCACUUUCAGCGCCACGGCAAAGAGGUCCAGCUAUCAGCUCACGGUGGAGCCGGUCAUUGAAGAAGAGUUCAACGGCACUCGUCCAGUGUUGUCGGCCUCUCGUCUUUUAGAAAGAAGGCGCAUUUUUCACCAAAACCUUGUUGAAAUCGUGAAGGGACACCACAAGGUGUUCCUGGCUUCCCUAAACCCUCCCAUUGUCGUCCCUGAUGACAAACUGACCCGCUGGCAUCCGAGGUUCAAUGUGGAUGAGGUUCCCAACGUCAAGCCGAGUGAUUUGCCUCAACCUCCUCAAACGGAGAAACUGACCUCUGCUCAGGAGGUGUUGGACCGAGCUCGUGCUCUCAUGACCCCGAAGAUGGAGAAAGCCUUGGCUAACAUGGCCUUGAAAACCGCCGAGACCGCAUGCGCUAAAGAGCCUGAGACUGCAGCGAAAUCCACUGCGACGCCAACAGAAACGCCCAGUGCCCUCAAAGGAGUUUCUCAAUCGCUGCUGGAGAGGAUUCGUGCAAAAGAGGCUCAGAAGUUGCAGGCCACCAUGACGAGGAACCCGCAGCAGGAGCAGCGCCUAUCGAUGAUGUCACGGCUGCCGGAGUUAGCCAGGAUCCUGCGAAACGUGUUCGUAGCGGAGAAAAAGCCGGCGCUCCUCAUGGAGCUCACCUGCAACCGCAUGAUCGCCAGCUACCGCUCUCCCCUGAGUUCUGAUGAAAUGGAGAAACAUCUUCGCCUGCUGGCUGAGUUGACACCUGCGUGGCUCACGAUACAUCCAAUCAGGAAGGACUUGUACCUAAAACUGAACAAGACCAUGGAUCUGAACAUUGUGCUGGACACCCUGACCCAGAAGAUGAAGGAAGAGGAGCGUGUUUGAGCGAAUUCAAACAAGACUUGAGACCAUACCAUGUGCAAUAUUUUAUUAUGGAUUUUAACUUUUAAAUGACUUUUAUUUUUAGUUUUGUAUGUUCAUAGUUUGCAUUUUACAAGUCUGGUGGUCACUACAUUUUUAAACUGAGAUAUUUCUGUUGUUUUUGAGGUUGUGACCUUGUUCUUCGCAUCUUAGCACAAUAACCGUUCAUGAAUGUUGACAUGUAAAAAGUAACUGGUAUAAAUGCAGUAGAAUGAAGGACAAAUCAUUUACAAGAUUCGUGCAUUGAAUCGUUUACAAUAAACAAGUUCAUGCAA